AUGGAGGCAGUCAAACGUUUCUUCUCCUCCCCGCGCUUUGCAGUUGCGGGCGCAAGUAACGACAGCAACAAGUUUGGUUACAAGAUCCUCGCAUGGUAUCACCAGCAUUCCCUACCUGUCACUCCUCUCAAUCCUCGCGCACCGCAGAUUGAACUGCCCUCUCGUGCCUACGAUACGGUCGCAUCGCCCAGCGCCUUGCCUACGCCUUCGCAAACAUCCUUGUCGGUUGUGACCCCGCCAGCGAUCACUCUACCAUUGCUCCAGGAGGCUCAUUCAGUGGGAAUUCCGGCCGUGUGGUUGCAGCCCGGAACGUUUGAUGACGCCGUCCUGGAAUUCGCCCACAAGCACUUUCCGGCAGUGAUCGCAGGCGAUGGGGGAGCGGGAAGUGAGGGUUGGUGUGUUUUGGUGGACGGCGAAGAAGGAUUGGAGGCUGCAGGAGUGCAGUGGGCGAGCCAAAAGCUGAAAAAAAAAAAGUUACUAUACGUUUGUCACAAGGGGAAAGAGAUGCCCACCACUUCCUUCGUUCUCGACUCGCCCAUCCCUCCCCAACUUGAUCUUGCUGGUGCUCCCUCGCAGCUCUUCCUGCCGCCGAAUCCCUCCGCCUCGUCGGCCCUUUUUCGAUCCAUCGCCAUCCCCAGCCGCAAGAGAGUGCGGGGAGUGGAGUCCGGACAUCGCUCGUGGCUCGAUUCUCCAUCCAGUCCCACCUCGUUCGCUGUCGCCGAUGAUCGUCUCGCCGGAGUAGACGACGUCUCCGCCGAGCAUGACUACCGACCCAGUCGCUAUCGAGACCUGCCGCUGAACCUCCCCCUGGAUUCCAGCGUUGAGUCGCUCAGCGAUGCAUCCGGGGCUCGUCGCAAGCGCAGCCGUCGAGAUCCGUCAUCGGUGGUGGCACCAUCCCCGUCGGGACCGGAGGAUGAGAAAAUCACUCAGGACGACGACUACUAUCCUCAAACCGCCCCCGUGCGCUGGAGCCGCGCGGUUUUGGACGUGGUAGGAAAGGUCUGGGACUUUUGCUGGUCGGGAGCCUUCCGCGGGUUCUACGCCGGUGGUGGUCGUGGGUAUUCGAUGACGGCUGGUGAUCCGUCGGUAUCGCUGGGCCCUGACGACCACUCGUGGCAGCCAACGACGGAAAAACAUGAUCUGUCCUCCCCAUCUGCCGGGACUCAUGGUUGGAGUGAGUCGACUCUUUCGGGCGAUCACAUCGAUGACGACCUGCAUCACAACUGGGUUGUGGUGGGCCACGAUGAGUUCGGCUAUGAGGCAAGUCCAUCGGCCCGGAGGCGAGUCCAUCGUAGGACGUCCUCGUAUGGCCAUUUGCGUCGACGACAGCCGGUGAAGCGGACCUUCGUGUCGCAACCAGCGUCGAUAACGACCAAGUCGCACUUCUCCGCGCCGGCGAAGCCGCGUGAGACCCCUGUGUCGGUGGAGACGCAGCGUUACAUGGCCCAGAAGCGUCGCAUGGAGCGCGAGGAAGAUGCGAGCCUGGCCCGUUUGAAUCGACAGCUGCAGGCCAUGAUCAAGGAAGGGCAACAGGCGUUGGGAACCAGAGUGGAAGUGGACGACUUCAUGGAGGAUUAG